AAACCUGCUCCUGACCCAUAUCCACCCAGAUCUAAAGAACAUUCCUUUAUGGAAUCUCAAGCCUUCACUCACCGGCGCCGACCUGACUGUACUUCUCAAACCUUCACCAUGAAUUUUUGGGUAGAUCAGUGGGGAGACAUUAACAUGAAUCCAGAUUCAAGAAAGAGUCAAGAGGUCAUGCAGCUAACAUUGGGGAGGUAGUGUGUGAUUUGCUUUGGAGUAAUUCAGAAUUAUUGUCAUUUCCAAUUCAUUAUGCUUCCAUUCUCCUUGUCCAGAAUCAUCGAUGGAUGAACUUUUUUCUUUAUAAAUUUAGUAUUCUAUG